CAAAAAGAACUGUCAAAAGAAACGUCAAAUUCGAUUACUUCCGAAAGCCGGACGUGCAUUUACAUUUUUCUCGCGAUCGGAAAUCGAAAAGUUUCCAAUUUUCCCCCAACAUAAUGAGUUCCAAGACCGACAGCAAGAACAAGGGCACAUUCCAGCCGGACUCAGAUGUUCACAUCACCAUCGAUGACCAAAUGAAGAUCAACAAAUUUGCGAAUUUCAACGCCAAAGUCGAGGACCUCAAGGAGGAGCUGAAGGUGCGGCAGAACGAGCUGAAGAAUCUGGAGGAGGCCGGCGACGAGAUCGAGCUGAUGGACGAGGACACGAUUCCGUUCCUGAUCGGGGAGGUGUUCGUGUCGCACGAUCUGCCCCGCACGCAGGAACUGCUCGCCGAAGCCAAGGAGAAGAAAAAGCAGGAAAUCGAGAACAUCCAAAAGCUGUCCAAAGACAUCCAGGACAAGAUGGGCGAUUUAAAGGCGCACCUGUACGGCCGGUUCGGCAGCAACAUCUAUCUCGAAAACGAUGAAUAAAUUAAUCAUUCGAGUGUGUGAUAUUCCCCUUGCUACUCAAACUA